UUAUAAAUUUAAUUCAGUACACACUUUCACCUGCAACGGUUGAUUGCUAAAUACGGUUUGGUAGUGCUUCGGAUACGAUCACUUCUUAAUCUGCGGUCGUUACUACUGCAUUCGCCAACAUCAAACAUAAAUCAUUGCUUUUGUAACCGCAGACGAAACAUACAUUACUACCAUAUACAUAUUUGCAAUAAAAUAUUCUUAUAACUCUAUAUAAUUGCACUGGUACAAACAAGGCCAUUUGAGAUUUUAUAUUAGAAAAAUACCUUUUUGAAAUAUUUUUUAAAUUAUCGAAACAAAAUGAAAGCAUUUUUGGUUGUUGCUUGUGCAUUAUUUGUAUGCGUCGCUGCCCAGGAUGAUAAGAAGACCAGUCAAACUAACAGUGAUAGUGAAAUAAAAAUCUAUAAGCGCCUGAUACCAGCUGAUGUAUUGCGAGAUUUCCCUGGUAUGUGUUUUGCUUCAACACGAUGCGCUACAGUCGAACCUACCAAGACGUGGGAGCUGACACCAUUUUGUGGUCGCUCAACUUGCGUUCAGAACGAUGAGAACCCGGCCAAGUUACUAGAAUUAGUCGAAGAUUGCGGGCCACUACCAUUAGCCAAUGAAAAAUGCAAACUGGACACUGAGAAAACAAACAAGACGGCGCCUUUCCCGUACUGCUGCCCCAUCUUCACAUGUGAACCUGGCGUUAAGCUUGAAUAUCCUGAAAUCCCAAAGGAAGAAGCAAAGAAGGAAUAACAAAAUACUUUUUGUAGGAUUGGGAAAAUUGUGUUAUAGUUAAAAACAUGGAAGUUCAUACAUUAAAACCAUGGAUCACGUGUAUAUGCAACAUUUAACGUUAUCAUAUCGAUUUUAUGAGUAGUGCUUGCAGUAACUCAAGGAAAUAUUAAAUAAACCAAGUGUACUAUAUUUUAACA